AUGGGACUCACCUAAUGAACCAUCUGAAGGAGUACCAUAUCAAACACAACAUUCUCAACUUUCUCACGUAUGCAGAUGAAUAUGCUAUCGGCUACUUCAAAAAACAAGGUUUCUCCAAAGACAUUAAAGUACCAAAAGCAAAAUAUGUUGGCUACAUCAAGGAUUAUGAGGGUGCUACAUUAAUGGGAUGUGAAUUAAAUCCGAGGAUCCCCUACACGGAAUUUUCUGUCAUCAUUAAAAAACAAAAAGAGAUCAUCAAAAAGCUCAUAGAAAGGAAACAAGCUCAGAUACGAAAAGUUUAUCCUGGCCUUUCUUGCUUCAAAGAUGGAGUACGGCAGAUUCCUAUAGAAAGCAUUCCUGGAAUUAGGGAGACUGGCUGGAAACCAAGCGGAAAAGAAAGAGGUAAGGAGCCCAAGGAUCCAGAUCAACUUUACAGCACGUUAAAAACCAUCCUGCAGCAGGUGAAGAGCCAUCAAAGCGCUUGGCCCUUCAUGGAACCUGUGAAGAGAACAGAAGCUCCUGGAUAUUAUGAAGUUAUAAGGUUUCCCAUGGAUCUCAAAACAAUGAGUGAGCGACUCAAGAAUAGGUACUACGUGUCUAAGAAAUUAUUCAUGGCAGACUUGCAGCGAGUCUUUACAAAUUGCAGAGAGUACAACCCCCCCGAGAGUGAAUACUACAAAUGUGCCAAUAUACUGGAGAAAUUCUUCUACACAAAAAUUAAAGAAGCUGGAUUAAUUGACAAGUGACACUGUCGUCUUUUACAACCAAACAGUGUGCCUACUUUAUGGGCAGGGGAAGCCGUUAUGUAUCUCAGUUGUGGGACUUUAAAGUUUCAAGAAACUUCUGUUUAAUACUUAGCACUUUUAAAAACUCUUUUAGUUUUGCAAACAUGUAUUAUACUGAAGUUACAAAAAAUUAUUUUAUUAAAAUGCUUUAUAAUGUAUUUAAUUAUGGAAAAUUUCUUUUGUGUGCCCAUUACCAUUUGUUCAUAAGAAGUUUAUCAGCUAUAGCCUCAGAAACCUCACAAAACAUGUGGGAAAUUGCACAUGUUUGGGAAUAUGAAGAAAAUUCCCAGACAACAAAUGUUACAGCUUACCUAAUACAGUAUGUAUUUGAUAAAGUUUUAUUAUUUU